AGCUUUCCAUUGGCUGCAGCAGCUGCCAGUCAGCAGGGGAGGAAUGUGAUGGGCUGCUGGUGAGCGCCUGCCCUGCACCCCCGUGUACCACCGAGGGCACCUGCAGGCGGGGGCAGUGCAGAUCUCUCCUGCUGCAGCAAGGGCCAGGUAUCGACAGCAUGCAGCUGCUGCCAUUCUGCAUGGAGCUGGCCAGCCACAGGAAUGGCCAUGACCACUACUAACCACAGGCCUGCAGACUUUGGCUGCAUCUCCAGAGACACGCCCCAAUUCCUGGCUCCUUCUCCUCCCCAGCUGCCCAGCUGGCCCCUGCACAGGACAGACGGUUGCCAUGGGGGAGUACUACAAACUGCUGGAACUUCCCCAGGACGCCUCUGACGAGGACAUCAAAAAGGCGUACAGGAAGGCAGCGAUGAGAUGGCACCCGGAUAAAAACCCAGAGACCGAGCAAUACGCCGAGCGGAAGUUCAAAGAAAUAACAGAGGCGUAUGAAGUGCUGUCAGACAAGAGCAAGCGCGACCUCUACGACCGCUACGGCAAGGACGGGCUCACGGGGGCAGCAGGGCCCGGGGGAUCGAGGGCUGAAGACGGAGCCCCUGGAUUUACUUUCAACUUUGCCAUCAUCCGUGACAUCCUCAGAGAGUUCUUUGGGGGACGAGAUCCUUUCUAUGGUGUGACUGGAGCUGAGAGAAGCAACACGGAAGCAGCAAGGAACGAAUCCCACCCUGGAUACGAGUCGCAUGAAGCAGGCAAUGACUUGCAUGGGGGAUAUGAGUUUUAUGAUGGGUGGGACAAGCAUGAGGGAUAUGAGCCGCAUGGCGCAUGGAACGAGUCACAUUAUGAGUUUGAGUCUGCUCCUGGAUGCAAGUCGCAUGAGGAGUAUGUGUUGUAUGAUGGGUGGAAUAACACACCAGACAGACAGGAGACGACGCCUGGAUACGAGAUGCACGAGGCGUAUGCGUCGUACGAUGGAUGGAACAAUACACAAGACAGACAGGAGACGACGCCUGGAUACGAGAUGCACGAGGCGUAUGCGUCGUACGAUGGAUGGAAUGAUUCGCCAGACAGACAGGAGACGACACCUGGAUACGAGAUGCACGAGGCGUAUGCGUCGUACGAUGGAUGGAACAAUACACCAGACAGAGACAAGUCAGCUGCUGUAUAUGAGCCGCAUGCUGGAUGGAGCAGGGGACCAGACAGAGCUGAGGCAGCUCCUGGAUACAGGUCACAUGAGGAGCGCGCGCUGUAUGAUGAAUGGAGCAGGGCACAAGACAGACCUGACUCGGCUCCUGUGUACGAGCUGCAUGCUGGAUGGAACAAGUUGCAAGCUGGACGCAACGAAGCAGCUGCUGGGUGGAAAGAGUCGGCUGCUGGCUAUGCCCCAGCUCCCAGAUACCUGUCACCUUAUGAGUGGAACAGGUCAGCAGCCAGCUGCACCAAGGCGGCUGACAGGAGCAGUGAGCUGGCUGCUGGGUGGAACAAGCCAGUUGUGGAUGGGAAGAGUCGACCCCCAAGUGAAACGAGGGUGCUCCCAGGUGGAAGGAGGCUGCUCCUGGGUAAAUCAAAGGCGAGGCAGUCAGAUGGACUGGACAAGCUCCUGGACGGAAUGAAGAAGCUCCUGGACGGAACCAAGAAGCUCUUGUGUAGACGGAGCGAGCUCCAAGGAGGAACACGUCCAGUCCCACCAGGAGAAUCUCAGCUGUUCUCUGAAGGAGCGAGUCAGCUGCUCCCGGAAAUAACCCGCCGGCCGCAGGCUGAAAUGAAUGAGUUACAAGGCAGGACAAGGCAGGUAUUGCAUGCAACCAGUCAGCUCCCAGAUGUCACCGGUCGAGUGCAGGAUGAAACGACGCAGAUCCAGCCGCUCACAGAUACAGCCAAUCCGCUGCUGAGUGCAAGGUGCAGCCUGCUACACGGAACAAGUCGGUGCCCAAACGUAAUCGGUCAGCCCCAGGGGGGAGAAAGUCGCCUCCCAGACAUAACCAGUCAUCUCCUAGGCCGAACGAGCAGGUUCCCAGUCAGAAGCCACCUUGGUGUCCAGUCCUCUGAUUCCAGCUGUUCCCGUAACUCCUUUAUCGCCAGGCUGGGGAGAAUGCUGUGAGCGCCAGGCUCCACCGGGAGGGAGGUUUCCAGAGGCCACUGGCAGAGCAGGCCAGGGGCUGUUCAGUAAAGACUGGGACCAGAGCUCUCAGCAUCAGUCUCGUUAUUAUUCACUGAGAAGCCAGCGAAAUGGGACCUGCUCCGACAGGGAUGGGAGCCCUGCUCUGAGGGCCCAGGGCCUUCAGCCAAUUGUCUCGGGGGCCGCA